AAACUGCUAUAAACUAAGCACUGCUUAUAAAUCCCAGUCUCAUUGCUGCUGUCAGAUCGAUCUCAAUCCAAUCAAGUACUUGUGGGAUGUGCUGAACAAUAAGUCCGAUCCAUGGAGGCCCCACCUCACAACCUCCAGGACUUAAAGGAGCGACUGUUAAAGGUGUAGUGCCAGAAACCACAGGACACCUUCAGAGGUCUUGAGGAGUCCAUGCCUCAGUGGGUCAGAGCUGUUUUGGCGGCAGGAGGGGAAUCUACACAAUCAGGCAUGGCCGGCUUGACACUGGACGAGUUCGAGCUGAGGAAGACGGAGGCGUGGGCCGUGAUGGGCGUGCUGGUCUCGCAUCCCAGCAGCACAGACGUGCACAUCAGCAGCCUGUCCCUUACCUCCCAUGGCCAGGAGCUGCUCAGCGCCACCAGCCUGGAGCUCAACUCGGGCCGCCGCUGUGGCCUCAUCAGCCUUAACGGCACAGGGAAGUCCGUGCUGCUGUCAGCCAUCGGCCACCGUGAGCUGCCCGUCCCAGAGCACAUCAACAUCGUCCACCUGACGCGUGAGAUGCCUCCCAGCCAGAAGACGGCGCUACAGUGCGUCAUGGAGGUGGAUCAGGAGAGGAUCCUGUUGGAGAAGGAGGCCGGGCGCCUGGCCCUCGAGGACUGUGAGUGUCCGCUGGCUGUCCUGGCUUUUGGGAAGAGAUCGGCACAGGAUGAGGCGCAGAGCAAGGAGAAGACCUUGCAGAAGAUGGUGACGUCGGGCUUUACGGAAUGCAUAGUGAAUGACGAGAUCCCGCCUCUGCUUAUCAUGGUGCAGAAUGUGAGCUUUAGAUACUCAGCCGACAUGGGGUGUGAUUUCUCAGAAUGUCUGUGUGUGUGUCUCUGGCUGUACACGUCUGUUUUAUGUUAUAUGGAGGGACCAUUUCAGUUAGCUGUCUGUAGCACUCAUGGCACUUUUCAAAGAAAUACGAAGAAGCUUAAGCUUGUUCUGCUGCCGCUCUUUCCCCCAUGGGGAGAAAGGACUAGAUGUGCCUUUUGUCAGGUGAGCCCCAUCCGGAGCCUCUCCGACGGUCAGAAGGGCCGGGUCUGCUUCUCCUGGCUGGCAUGGCAGUGUCCUCAUAUGCUCUUCCUGGAUGAGCCCACCAACCACUUGGAUGUCGAGACCAUCGACGCCCUGGCAGAUGCCAUCAACGACUACGAGGGCGGCAGGAUGCUGGUCAGCCACGACUUCUGGCUCAUCCAGCAGGUGGACCAAGAGAUCUGGGUCUGCGAGAAUCAGACGAUCACCAAAUGGAAUGGAGACAUCUUGGCGUACAAGGAGCAGUUGUCAAAGUUUACCAGGCAGACACACGACAUCUAAGCCCUUCACAUGUCACUGGCUUUACCUCUGGACUCGUGUUGUACACUUUUAUGGACUUUUUUCUUUUUUUCCUGCCCUGAAUUAAAGCCAUUUCCCAUUUUAGCAUUU